UCUUGCCUAGCGGCGGGCGCAUGCUUAGUCACCGUGAGGCUGCGCUUGCCCGGGGCCCGCGCCCCCCUACCCCGGGGACCGCCCCCGGGCCGCCCGCCCCCCUCGGCGCGCCACUUCCGCGUGCAUGGCCCUGCUGCCCCGAGCCCUGAGCGCCGGCGCGGGACCCAGCUGGCGGCGGGCGGCGCGCGCCUUCCGAGGCUUCCCGCUCCUUCUGCCUGAGCCCGCGGCCCUCACGCGCGCCCUCUCCAGUGCCAUGGCCUGCAGGCAGGAGCCACAGCCGCAGGGCCCGCUGCCCGCCGCUGGCGCCGUGGCCUCCUAUGACUACCUGGUGAUCGGGGGCGGCUCGGGCGGGCUGGCCAGCGCGCGCAGGGCGGCCGAGCUAGGCGCCAGGGCAGCCGUGGUGGAGAGCCACAAGCUGGGUGGCACUUGCGUGAAUGUUGGAUGUGUACCCAAAAAGGUAAUGUGGAACACAGCUGUCCACUCUGAAUUCAUGCAUGAUCAUGCUGAUUAUGGCUUUCCAAGUUGUGAGGGUAAAUUCAAUUGGCGUAUUAUUAAGGAAAAGCGGGACGCCUAUGUGAGCCGCCUGAAUACCAUCUAUGAAAACAAUCUCACCAAGUCCCAUAUAGAAAUCAUCCGUGGCCAUGCAGCAUUCACGAGUGAUCCCAAGCCCACAAUAGAGGUCAGUGGGAAAAAGUACACCGCCCCUCACAUCCUGAUCGCCACAGGUGGUGUGCCCUCCACCCCUCAUGAGAGCCAGAUCCCCGGUGCCAGCUUAGGAAUAACCAGCGAUGGAUUUUUUCAACUGGAAGAAUUGCCUAGCCGCAGCAUCAUUGUUGGUGCAGGUUACAUUGCUGUGGAGAUGGCAGGGAUCCUCUCAGCCCUGGGUUCUAAGACAUCACUGAUGAUACGGCAUGAUAAGGUACUUAGAAAUUUUGAUUCAAUGAUCAGCACCAACUGCACGGAGGAGCUGGAGAAUGCUGGCGUGGAGGUGCUGAAGUUCUCCCAGGUCAAGGAGGUUAAAAAGACCUCGUCGGGCUUGGAAGUCAGCAUGGUUACUGCAGUUCCUGGUACGUUACCCGUCAUGACCAUGAUUCCAGAUGUUGACUGCCUGCUCUGGGCCAUUGGGCGGGACCCAAAUACCAAGGGCCUGAGUUUAAACAAACUGGGGAUUCAAACCGAUGACAAGGGUCAUAUCCUAGUAGAUGAAUUCCAGAAUACCAACGUCAAAGGCAUCUAUGCAGUUGGGGAUGUAUGUGGAAAAGCUCUUCUUACUCCAGUUGCAAUAGCUGCUGGCCGAAAACUUGCCCAUCGACUUUUUGAAUAUAAGGAAGAUUCCAAAUUAGAUUAUAACAACAUCCCAACUGUGGUCUUCAGCCACCCCCCUAUUGGGACAGUGGGACUCACGGAAGAUGAAGCCAUUCAUAAAUAUGGAAAAGAAAAUGUGAAGACUUAUUCAACCAGCUUUACCCCGAUGUAUCACGCAGUUACCAAAAGGAAAACAAAAUGUGUGAUGAAAAUGGUCUGUGCUAACAAGGAAGAAAAGGUGGUUGGGAUCCAUAUGCAGGGACUUGGGUGUGAUGAAAUGCUGCAGGGUUUUGCUGUUGCGGUGAAGAUGGGAGCAACGAAGGCAGACUUUGACAACACAGUCGCCAUUCACCCUACCUCUUCAGAAGAGCUGGUCACACUUCGUUGAGAACCCGGAGAUGCGUGUGGCUGGCAGUGGGGCCCAUAGAUCUUCUGAAAUGAAACAAAUAAUCACGUUGACUUACUGUUUCAGUUUUAUGUAUUUCUUUAUUUUAAUCAGGAUCUUCUGAUAGUAGAAAUUUUUAGUACAUAAUAGAACUUAUUUAUGGAGUUAGAAAUUUGUAGUGUUAUCCAGGAUUGAUUUUCAUUUGAUCACGUCUCACAAUAAAUAUUUUCAAGUUUUUUUUUAUUAACAGCUCUGUGCUAGUUUUUUUUUUUUUUUCUGUUUUAGCCUCAUCCCAAAUAUAAAACUUUGUGAAGUAAAAUUAACUUAAUGUACUUGAAUGAAUAGAACUUGCUAAUUUUUUUUUUUUUUUUUUGAGACAGAGUUUUGCUCUCAUUGCCCAGGCUGGAGUGCAGUGGUGCUAUCUCGGCUCACCACAACCUCUGCCUCCCGGGUUCAAGCGAUUCUCCUGCCUCAGCCUCCCGAAUAGCUGGGAUUAUAGGCACGCACCACCACACCUGACUAAUUUUGUAUUUUUAGUAGAGAUGGGAUUUCUCCAUGUUGGUCAGGCUGGUCUUGAACUCCAUACCUCAGGUGAUCCGCCCACCUCGGCCUCCUGAGGUGGUGAGAUUACAGGCGUGAGCCACUGCGCCGGCCUGCUAAUUUUCAUAGAAGUUGAUGGCAAUUCUUCACAUGUAAACAAUGCCAGUGCACAGAACCUUUAUAUAUUUUUUGAAGCCAGUACUUUGCUCUGCAUAUAACAAAGCUGCCUCAAGGAUGUGACCUUUUUCUAAAAGCAUGUAAUGUGAGAAGCCGGCCUGCCUUAUUUUCUUUUUUAAUGAUUAAAAUGGUAUGUGGCCAGGCAUGGUGGCUCAGGCCUGUAAUUCUAGCACUUUGGGAGGCCAAGGCAGGAGGAUCACUUGAGCCCACGAGUUUGAGGCCAGCAUGCGCAGCAUAGCAAGACCGCAUCUCUACAGAAAGUAAAAAAAAUUACCUGAGUGUGGUGGUGUGCACCUGUAAUCUCAGCUACUUGGGAGGCUGAGGUGAGAGGAUCACUUGAGCUUGGGUGAAGUGAGGCUACAGUGAGUCCUGAUCAUGCCACUGCACUCAAUCUUGGACAACAGAGCAAGACCCUGUCUCAAAAAAAAAAAAGUAUGUAUUAUUUUUAUGAGAUGAAGUGCAUCAAACUUGGGAAAGAUUUGAGGAGGCUGGGAACCUCCUGGAAAAACCCACCUUGAAAAAAGAUAUGGGAGACAUUUAGAAGUGAUUCCUGCCUUGAGAAAAGAUAUGAGAGACAUUUAGAAGUGAUUCCUGCUUUCAGAAGGAGGUGGAUUCAAAUACUUCAAAAGUCCCUUCCUCUGCUAAGUGUUUAUAGUUCAGUGAAUAAUUUCAAUAUUUGUAUGUGUUCUUGUCAUUUUAUUUUUUUCUGAAAAACUUCCAAAAAUUUGAAAAUAAAAUUAUAGCCUUUUCGUCUUAUAAAA